AUGGAACAUUUCCUUAAUUUGAAUUACAUUCAAGCUAUUAACAAUUUGGAAAUUAUGGAGGAAAGACAAGAUGAUGUAGAUACUAUUCGGUUUCAUGUGGCUGAGAAUCCAUUCGCUAUAUUGACUGAAAGAGCGUUUGUCAAAAAAUUCAGACUUACAAAAGGUCUUGUCAAUAUAUUAAUAGAUGAACUGUGUCCAUACCUUGAACCCCCAUCUAGAAAAUCUGCUAUAAGUAUUGAGCGUAAAGUUUUAACGGCUUUAAGAUUUUUUGCAAGUGGCUCAUAUCAGCAGGACAUUGGGGAAAAUCGAGCAUCAUCUUUGAGUCAACCUUCAGUUAGUAAAUGCAUAGCUGAAGUUGCUGGUUCACUACUUUUUGAAGUAGUUAUUUGA